AUGGCGGCGAGGCGCCCGCUGCGCUCGAGGCGGCGCUGGAGGAGAAGAGUGCCCUGGAGCAGAUGCGCAAGUUCCUGUCGGACCCGCAGGUCCACACGGUCUUGGUGGAGCGCUCCACCCUCAAAGAGGAUGUUGGUGAUGAAGGAGAAGAAGAAAAAGAAUUUAUUUCCUACAACAUCAACAUAGACAUUCAUUAUGGAGUCAAGUCCAAUAGCCUGGCAUUCAUUAAACGCACCCCUGUGAUCGACGCAGACAAGCCGGUGUCUUCUCAGUUGCGCGUGCUCACUCUCAGUGAAGACUCACCAUAUGAGACGCUACACUCCUUCAUCAGCAACGCCGUGGCUCCGUUUUUUAAGUCCUAUAUCAGGGAGUCUGGCAAAGCAGACAGGGAUGGUGAUAAAAUGGCUCCUUCAGUUGAGAAAAAGAUUGCAGAACUUGAAAUGGGACUCCUGCACUUACAGCAGAACAUUGAGAUUCCAGAAAUCAGCCUUCCAAUCCACCCAAUUAUUACAAAUGUUGCAAAGCAAUGUUAUGAACGUGGAGAAAAGCCCAAAGUUACAGAUUUUGGAGAUAAAGUUGAAGACCCAACUUUUCUCAAUCAAUUACAAUCUGGAGUUAACCGGUGGAUCCGAGAAAUUCAAAAAGUGACCAAACUUGAUCGAGAUCCUGCAUCAGGAACAGCCUUACAGGAAAUCAGUUUUUGGCUAAACUUGGAGCGUGCAUUGUACCGCAUCCAGGAGAAGCGGGAGAGCCCAGAAGUUCUCCUGACUCUGGAUAUCCUGAAGCACGGCAAGCGUUUCCACGCCACUGUCAGUUUUGACACAGACACAGGUCUAAAACAAGCUUUGGAAACAGUGAAUGACUACAAUCCUCUAAUGAAAGAUUUCCCUCUGAAUGACUUACUGUCUGCCACUGAGCUGGACAAGAUACGGCAGGCGCUUGUAGCCAUUUUCACCCACUUGAGAAAGAUCCGAAACACAAAAUAUCCCAUUCAGAGGGCACUGCGUUUGGUAGAAGCAAUUUCAAGAGACUUGAGUUCUCAGUUACUCAAAGUAUUGGGCACUAGAAAAUUGAUGCAUGUUGCUUAUGAAGAAUUUGAAAAAGUUAUGGUAGCUUGCUUUGAAGUUUUUCAAACUUGGGAUGAUGAGUAUGAGAAGCUUCAGGUGUUGUUGAGAGACAUUGUCAAAAGAAAAAGGGAAGAAAAUCUGAAGAUGGUGUGGCGUAUUAACCCUGCUCACAGAAAGCUUCAAGCUCGCCUUGAUCAAAUGAGAAAAUUUAGACGCCAGCACGAGCAACUAAGAGCUGUCAUCGUCAGAGUCCUGAGGCCACAGGUCACGGCAGUUGCACAACAGAAUCAAGGGGAGGUUCCUGAGCCCCAGGAUAUGAAAGUGGCGGAGGUCCUCUUCGACGCUGCGGAUGCAAAUGCCAUUGAGGAAGUCAACCUGGCCUAUGAGAACGUCAAGGAAGUGGACGGGCUGGAUGUCUCCAAAGAGGGCACCGAGGCCUGGGAGGCUGCGAUGAAGAGGUACGACGAGCGGAUCGACAGGGUGGAGACCCGUAUCACUGCUCGCCUCCGGGACCAGCUGGGCACGGCCAAGAAUGCCAACGAGAUGUUCAGGAUCUUCUCCAGGUUCAAUGCACUGUUUGUCAGGCCUCACAUCCGUGGGGCCAUUCGUGAGUACCAGACCCAGCUGAUCCAGCGAGUGAAAGAUGACAUCGAGUCUCUCCAUGACAAGUUCAAGGUCCAGUACCCCCAGAGCCAGGCCUGCAAGAUGAGUCACGUCCGUGAUUUGCCCCCGGUGUCAGGGUCCAUCAUCUGGGCUAAGCAGAUCGACAGACAGCUGACAGCCUACAUGAAGCGAGUGGAGGAUGUGCUUGGCAAGGGCUGGGAGAAUCACGUGGAGGGCCAGAAGCUGAAGCAGGAUGGGGACAGCUUCCGCAUGAAGCUCAACACCCAGGAAAUCUUCGACGACUGGGCGAGGAAGGUGCAGCAGCGCAACCUGGGCGUCUCUGGCCGCAUUUUUACCAUUGAAAGUACUCGUGUUCGCGGCCGGACAGGAAAUGUCCUCAAGUUGAAAGUGAACUUCCUUCCUGAGAUCAUCACACUUUCAAAGGAAGUCCGAAACCUCAAGUGGCUCGGCUUCCGGGUUCCCCUGGCCAUUGUGAACAAGGCUCAUCAAGCAAACCAGCUCUACCCAUUUGCCAUCUCGCUGAUCGAGAGUGUCCGGACCUACGAGCGCACCUGCGAGAAGGUGGAGGAACGGAACACCAUCUCGCUCCUGGUGGCUGGCUUGAAGAAGGAGGUGCAGGCUUUGAUUGCAGAAGGCAUUGCCCUGGUGUGGGAGUCCUACAAACUUGAUCCCUACGUGCAGCGCUUGGCAGAGACUGUCUUCAACUUCCAGGAAAAGGUGGAUGAUCUGCUGAUCAUUGAAGAAAAAAUAGACCUGGAAGUGCGUUCCUUGGAAACAUGCAUGUAUGAUCAUAAGACCUUCUCAGAGAUUUUGAACAGAGUCCAGAAAGCCGUGGACGACUUAAACCUGCACUCCUACUCCAAUCUGCCCAUCUGGGUCAACAAGCUUGACAUGGAGAUUGAGAGAAUACUGGGCGUUCGUCUGCAAGCUGGCCUCAGAGCUUGGACCCAGGUCCUUCUUGGACAGGCUGAAGAUAAAGCAGAAGUUGACAUGGAUACAGAUGCUCCACAAGUCAGUCACAAGCCUGGUGGAGAGCCCAAGAUCAAAAAUGUUGUUCAUGAGCUAAGAAUAACCAAUCAGGUAAUCUAUUUGAAUCCGCCAAUUGAAGAAUGCAGAUACAAGCUCUAUCAGGAAAUGUUUGCGUGGAAGAUGGUUGUGCUGUCCCUCCCCAGGAUCCAGAGUCAGAGAUACCAGGUGGGCGUGCACUACGAGUUGACUGAGGAGGAGAAGUUCUACCGCAAUGCUUUAACGCGCAUGCCGGACGGCCCUGUCGCCUUGGAGGAGUCCUACUCUGCUGUCAUGGGCAUCGUGACUGAGGUCGAGCAGUACGUUAAGGUCUGGCUCCAGUAUCAGUGCCUAUGGGACAUGCAGGCUGAGAACAUCUACAACAGGCUGGGCGAAGAUCUCAACAAGUGGCAAGCCCUCUUGGUCCAGAUAAGGAAGGCCAGGGGGACCUUUGACAAUGCAGAAACCAAGAAGGAGUUUGGACCAGUGGUUAUAGAUUAUGGCAAGGUGCAGUCUAAGGUGAACUUGAAGUACGACUCCUGGCAUAAAGAGGUUCUGAGCAAAUUUGGGCAGAUGCUGGGCUCAAACAUGACCGAAUUCCAUUCCCAGAUCUCAAAGUCUCGCCAAGAGCUGGAGCAGCACUCCGUGGACACCGCCAGCACCUCUGACGCAGUGACCUUCAUCACCUACGUGCAGUCUUUGAAGAGGAAGAUCAAGCAAUUUGAGAAGCAAGUGGAGCUCUACCGCAAUGGUCAGCGCCUGCUAGAAAAGCAAAGGUUUCAGUUCCCACCUUCCUGGCUCUAUAUCGACAACAUCGAGGGAGAGUGGGGAGCCUUCAAUGACAUUAUGCGGCGGAAAGACUCUGCCAUCCAGCAGCAGGUGGCAAACCUGCAGAUGAAGAUCGUGCAGGAGGACCGGGCUGUGGAGAGCCGCACCACCGACCUACUGACAGACUGGGAGAAGACCAAGCCAGUCACAGGCAACCUUCGCCCAGAGGAGGCGCUGCAGGCUCUGACCAUAUACGAGGGGAAGUUUGGCAGGCUGAAGGACGACAGGGAAAAGUGCGCCAAGGCCAAGGAGGCGCUGGAGCUGACCGACAGUGGGCUCCUCAGUGGCAGCGAGGAGCGCGUGCAGGUGGCUUUAGAGGAAUUACAGGACCUCAAAGGCGUUUGGUCAGAGCUAUCUAAGGUCUGGGAGCAAAUCGAUCAGAUGAAGGAGCAGCCCUGGGUCUCAGUACAGCCUCGGAAGCUUCGACAAAAUUUAGAUGGCCUGCUGAACCAGCUGAAGAGCUUCCCCGCGCGCCUGCGGCAGUACGCCUCCUACGAGUUUGUUCAGAGGUUGCUGAAAGGCUACAUGAAGGUGAACAUGCUGGUGAUCGAGCUGAAAUCUGAAGCACUGAAAGACCGCCACUGGAAGCAGCUGAUGAAGAGGCUGCAUGUGAAUUGGGUGGUUUCCGAGCUGACCCUUGGCCAAAUCUGGGACGUCGAUUUGCAGAAAAAUGAAGCUAUUGUCAAGGAUGUACUGCUGGUGGCACAGGGAGAGAUGGCCCUGGAAGAAUUUUUGAAGCAGAUAAGAGAAGUGUGGAAUACUUAUGAACUCGACUUGGUCAACUAUCAGAACAAGUGUCGCCUGAUUCGAGGAUGGGAUGACCUAUUCAACAAGGUCAAGGAGCACAUCAACAGUGUGUCUGCCAUGAAACUCUCUCCAUAUUACAAGGUUUUCGAAGAGGAUGCCCUGAGCUGGGAAGACAAGUUGAACCGGAUCAUGGCUCUCUUCGACGUGUGGAUUGAUGUGCAGAGGCGAUGGGUCUACCUGGAAGGCAUCUUCACAGGCAGCGCGGACAUCAAACAUCUGUUACCCGUGGAAACCCAGCGUUUCCAGAGCAUCAGCACGGAAUUCUUGGCGCUGAUGAAAAAAGUGUCCAAGUCUCCCCUUGUUAUGGAUGUUCUGAACAUCCAGGGAGUGCAGCGUUCUCUGGAAAGGCUGGCAGACCUGCUAGGAAAGAUCCAGAAAGCACUGGGAGAGUACCUGGAAAGAGAGCGAUCCUCUUUCCCCAGGUUCUAUUUUGUGGGUGAUGAAGAUUUGCUUGAAAUCAUUGGAAAUAGCAAGAAUGUAGCUAAACUACAAAAACACUUCAAGAAGAUGUUUGCUGGAGUUUCAAGCAUCAUCCUCAAUGAAGAUAACUCUGUGGUCCUGGGCAUUUCAUCCCGAGAAGGAGAAGAGGUUAUGUUUAAAACUCCUGUGUCCAUCACAGAACAUCCCAAAAUCAAUGAGUGGCUCACACUGGUGGAAAAGGAAAUGAGAGUCACCCUGGCUAAACUUCUUGCUGAAUCUGUUACAGAAGUAGAGAUUUUUGGUAAAGCAACAUCAAUUGAUCCAAAUACCUACAUCACAUGGAUUGAUAAAUAUCAGGCCCAGCUUGUGGUGCUGUCGGCCCAGAUUGCCUGGUCUGAAAAUGUGGAGAGUGCCCUGAGCAACGUUGGAGGCGGUGGGGACGCUGCACCCCUACACUCCGUGCUGAGCAACGUGGAGGCCACCCUCAAUGUGCUGGCAGACUCGGUCCUCAUGGAGCAGCCCCCGCUCCGGAGGCGGAAGCUGGAGCACUUGAUAACAGAGUUGGUUCACCAGAGAGAUGUCACCAGGUCUUUGAUAAAAAGCAAGAUUGACAACGCCAAAUCUUUUGAAUGGCUCAGCCAGAUGCGAUUUUACUUUGACCCUAAGCAAACCGAUGUGUUACAGCAGUUGUCAAUUCAAAUGGCAAAUGCCAAAUUUAAUUAUGGCUUUGAGUACCUGGGUGUUCAGGACAAGCUGGUCCAGACCCCUCUCACUGAUCGCUGCUACUUGACGAUGACACAAGCCUUGGAGGCCAGGCUGGGGGGUUCCCCAUUUGGUCCUGCUGGAACUGGGAAAACAGAGUCUGUCAAGGCUUUGGGCCAUCAACUUGGACGGUUUGUUUUAGUUUUCAACUGCGAUGAAACCUUUGACUUCCAGGCAAUGGGACGGAUCUUUGUGGGGCUUUGCCAGGUGGGCGCCUGGGGCUGCUUUGACGAGUUUAACCGCCUGGAGGAGCGAAUGCUCUCUGCAGUGUCCCAGCAGGUGCAGUGCAUCCAGGAAGCCCUGCGGGAGCACUCCAACCCCAACUAUGACAAGACCUCUGCCCCCAUCACUUGUGAGCUGCUGAACAAGCAAGUCAAAGUGAGCCCGGACAUGGCCAUCUUCAUCACCAUGAACCCUGGCUAUGCAGGCCGCUCCAACCUCCCUGACAACCUCAAGAAGCUGUUCCGGAGCUUGGCCAUGACCAAGCCUGACCGGCAGCUGAUCGCCCAAGUCAUGCUCUACUCACAGGGCUUCCGCACCGCCGAAGUUCUUGCCAACAAAAUUGUCCCCUUCUUUAAAUUAUGCGAUGAGCAACUCUCUUCUCAGAGCCACUAUGACUUUGGUCUUCGGGCUUUGAAGAGUGUGCUGGUGAGUGCAGGCAACGUGAAGAGGGAGAGAAUUCAGAAGAUAAAGAGGGAGAAGGAGGAACGAGGGGAAGCCGUCGAUGAAGGAGAAAUUGCUGAAAAUCUACCUGAACAAGAGAUCCUGAUACAGAGUGUCUGUGAGACCAUGGUGCCCAAGCUGGUGGCAGAGGACAUCCCGCUGCUCUUCAGCCUCCUGUCGGACGUGUUCCCUGGCGUCCAGUACCACCGGGGUGAGAUGACUGCCCUUCGCGAGGAGCUGAAGAAAGUGUGUCAGGAGAUGUACCUGACGUACGGAGAUGGAGAAGAAGUCGGUGGAAUGUGGGUUGAAAAGGUUCUCCAGCUCUAUCAGAUCACCCAGAUAAAUCACGGCCUAAUGAUGGUGGGGCCCUCAGGAAGUGGUAAGAGCAUGGCCUGGCGGGUGCUGCUGAAGGCUCUGGAGAGGCUGGAGGGAGUGGAGGGCGUGGCCCACAUCAUCGACCCCAAGGCCAUCAGCAAAGACCACCUCUACGGAACCCUGGACCCAAACACCAGGGAGUGGACAGACGGGCUCUUCACACAUGUGCUCAGGAAGAUCAUAGACAAUGUGCGGGGCGAGCUGCAGAAGCGCCAGUGGAUCGUCUUUGAUGGUGACGUGGACCCUGAGUGGGUGGAGAACCUGAACUCGGUGCUGGAUGACAACAAGCUCCUGACCCUGCCGAACGGAGAGCGCCUCAGCCUGCCACCCAACGUGCGAAUCAUGUUUGAGGUUCAGGACCUGAAGUACGCAACCCUGGCCACUGUGUCGCGCUGCGGCAUGGUCUGGUUCAGCGAGGACGUCCUGAGCACGGACAUGAUCUUCAACAACUUCCUGGCCCGCUUGCGCAGCAUCCCUCUGGACGAAGGGGAGGACGAGGCACAGCGUCGGCGCAAGGGCAAAGAGGAUGAGGGGGAGGAGGCUGCCUCCCCCAUGCUGCAGAUCCAGAGGGACGCGGCGACCAUCAUGCAGCCCUACUUCACCUCCAACGGCCUGGUCACCAAGGCACUGGAGCACGCCUUCCAGCUCGAGCACAUCAUGGACCUGACCCGCCUGCGCUGCCUGGGCUCGCUCUUCUCCAUGCUGCACCAGGCCUGCCGCAAUGUGGCGCAGUACAAUGCCAACCACCCCGACUUCCCCAUGCAGAUCGAGCAGCUGGAGCGCUACAUCCAGCGAUACCUGGUGUAUGCCAUUCUCUGGUCCUUGUCUGGAGACAGCCGACUGAAAAUGAGAGCAGAGCUGGGUGAAUACAUCAGGAGAAUCACGACCGUGCCCCUGCCCACCGCGCCCAACAUACCCAUCAUUGAUUAUGAGGUGUCCAUCAGUGGAGAGUGGUCCCCAUGGCAGGCCAAGGUGCCUCAGAUCGAAGUGGAGACACACAAAGUGGCGGCCCCUGACGUCGUCGUGCCAACUCUGGACACCGUCCGUCAUGAGGCCCUCCUCUACACUUGGCUGGCCGAACAUAAGCCGCUGGUCCUUUGUGGCCCUCCCGGGUCUGGCAAGACCAUGACACUCUUCAGUGCCCUCCGGGCCUUGCCUGACAUGGAGGUUGUGGGCCUUAACUUCUCCAGCGCAACCACUCCAGAGCUCCUGCUGAAGACGUUCGACCACUACUGCGAGUACAGGCGCACACCCAAUGGGGUCGUUUUGGCUCCUGUGCAGCUUGGAAAGUGGCUGGUACUGUUCUGUGACGAAAUCAACUUGCCAGAUAUGGAUAAAUACGGGACACAGAGGGUCAUAUCCUUCAUCAGACAGAUGGUGGAGCAUGGAGGCUUUUACCGCACCUCAGAUCAAACAUGGGUGAAGCUGGAGAGAAUCCAAUUUGUGGGGGCUUGUAAUCCACCCACCGACCCUGGAAGAAAACCCCUCUCACACAGGUUCUUACGGCACGUGCCUGUCGUGUAUGUGGAUUACCCGGGGCCUGCCUCCCUGACGCAGAUCUAUGGCACCUUCAACCGCGCCAUGCUGAGGCUCAUCCCUUCCCUGCGGACCUAUGCGGAGCCGCUCACUGCUGCCAUGGUGGAGUUCUACACCAUGUCCCAGGAGAGAUUCACUCAGGAUACACAACCCCACUAUAUCUAUUCACCCCGUGAAAUGACCAGGUGGGUCAGAGGUAUCUUUGAAGCACUGCGGCCCCUGGAGACGCUGCCUGUUGAAGGCCUCAUCCGGAUUUGGGCCCAUGAAGCCCUCCGUCUCUUCCAGGAUAGGCUUGUGGAAGACGAGGAGCGGCGCUGGACUGAUGAGAACAUCGACAUGGUUGCCCUGAAGCACUUUCCCAACAUAGACAAGGAGAAAGCCAUGAGCCGGCCGAUCCUGUACAGCAACUGGCUGUCGAAGGAUUAUAUCCCAGUAGACCAAGAAGAAUUAAGAGAUUAUGUCAAAGCUAGGCUAAAAGUCUUCUAUGAAGAAGAACUUGACGUUCCUCUGGUCCUGUUCAAUGAGGUGCUGGACCACGUGCUCAGGAUUGACAGAAUAUUCCGUCAACCUCAAGGACACUUGCUUCUGAUUGGUGUUAGUGGAGCAGGAAAAACUACCCUGUCUCGGUUCGUCGCCUGGAUGAAUGGCUUGAGUGUGUACCAGAUCAAGGUCCAUAGAAAGUACACGGGGGAAGAUUUUGAUGAAGAUCUUCGGACAGUACUGAGACGUUCUGGCUGCAAAAAUGAGAAGAUCGCAUUCAUAAUGGACGAAUCCAAUGUCUUAGAUUCUGGAUUCCUAGAGCGAAUGAACACCCUUCUGGCCAAUGGAGAGGUCCCGGGUCUCUUUGAAGGAGACGAGUAUGCCACUCUGAUGACACAGUGCAAAGAGGGGGCCCAGAAGGAGGGCCUGAUGCUGGACUCCCACGAGGAGCUCUACAAGUGGUUCACCAGCCAGGUCAUCCGCAACCUGCAUGUGGUGUUCACCAUGAACCCGUCCUCUGAGGGGCUCAAGGACCGCGCAGCCACCUCGCCAGCCCUUUUCAACAGGUGUGUGUUGAAUUGGUUUGGUGACUGGUCCACUGAAGCACUGUACCAGGUUGGCAAGGAGUUCACCAGUAAGAUGGACCUGGAGAAGCCCAACUACAUUGUUCCAGAUUACAUGCCCGUGGUGUAUGAUAAGCUGCCCCAGCCCCCAUCACAUCGGGAAGCCAUUGUGAACAGCUGUGUCUUCGUCCACCAGACUCUUCACCAGGCUAACGCUCGGCUAGCAAAGCGGGGAGGCAGGACAAUGGCCAUCACGCCUCGCCACUACCUGGACUUCAUCAAUCACUAUGCCAACCUGUUCCACGAGAAGCGUAGCGAGCUGGAGGAGCAGCAGAUGCACUUGAACGUCGGGCUCAGAAAAAUCAAAGAAACUGUUGAUCAGGUAGAAGAACUGCGCCGGGACUUGAGAAUAAAGAGCCAGGAGCUAGAGGUGAAGAACGCAGCAGCCAACGACAAGCUGAAAAAGAUGGUGAAAGACCAGCAGGAGGCUGAAAAGAAAAAGGUCAUGAGCCAGGAGAUUCAGGAGCAGCUGCACAAGCAGCAGGAAGUAAUCGCAGACAAGCAAAUGAGUGUCAAGGAGGAUCUCGAUAAGGUGGAGCCUGCUGUCAUCGAGGCCCAGAAUGCCGUGAAGUCCAUCAAGAAGCAGCACCUGGUGGAAGUGCGCUCCAUGGCCAACCCUCCUGCUGCUGUGAAGCUGGCGCUGGAGUCCAUCUGUCUGCUGCUGGGCGAGAGCACCACUGACUGGAAGCAGAUCCGCUCUAUCAUCAUGCGUGAGAACUUCAUUCCCACCAUCGUCAACUUCUCGGCCGAGGAGAUCAGUGAUGCCAUAAGGGAGAAGAUGAAGAAAAACUACAUGUCCAAUCCGAGUUACAACUACGAGAUCGUCAACCGGGCCUCCCUGGCGUGCGGCCCCAUGGUGAAAUGGGCAAUCGCACAGCUGAACUAUGCAGACAUGUUGAAGAGGGUGGAGCCCCUGCGAAACGAGCUGCAGAAGCUGGAAGAUGACGCCAAGGACAACCAGCAGAAGGCCAACGAGGUGGAGCAGAUGAUCCGGGACCUGGAGGCCAGCAUCGCCCGCUACAAGGAGGAGUACGCGGUGCUCAUCUCUGAGGCCCAAGCCAUCAAGGCCGACCUGGCGGCUGUGGAAGCCAAGGUGAACCGGAGCACCGCUCUUCUGAAAAGUCUGUCUGCUGAACGCGAACGAUGGGAAAAAACAAGUGAAACUUUCAAAAACCAGAUGUCCACCAUUGCUGGGGACUGCCUCCUGUCAGCUGCCUUCAUUGCUUAUGCAGGCUACUUUGACCAGCAGAUGCGGCAGAACUUGUUCACCACCUGGUCCCAUCACUUACAGCAAGCCAACAUCCAGUUCCGCACAGACAUCGCGAGGACAGAGUAUCUCUCCAAUGCUGACGAGCGGCUUCGCUGGCAAGCCAGCUCCCUGCCUGCUGAUGACCUGUGCACAGAAAAUGCCAUCAUGCUGAAACGGUUCAACAGGUAUCCACUGAUCAUUGACCCCUCCGGACAAGCCACGGAAUUCAUUAUGAAUGAGUAUAAGGAUCGUAAAAUAACACGUACCAGUUUCUUGGAUGAUGCCUUCAGAAAGAAUCUGGAGAGUGCGCUGAGAUUUGGCAACCCUCUUCUGGUCCAGGAUGUGGAAAGCUAUGACCCAGUGUUAAAUCCAGUCCUGAACCGCGAAGUCCGGCGAACCGGGGGGCGAGUGCUGAUUACCCUGGGUGACCAGGACAUAGACCUGUCGCCGUCAUUCGUCAUCUUCCUGUCCACCCGGGACCCGACAGUUGAGUUCCCACCGGAUCUCUGUUCGCGGGUUACUUUUGUGAACUUCACAGUCACCCGAAGCAGUUUGCAAAGCCAGUGUCUCAAUGAGGUCCUCAAAGCAGAAAGACCCGAUGUGGACGAGAAACGUUCUGACCUCCUGAAGCUUCAAGGAGAAUUCCAGCUACGGUUACGUCAGCUGGAAAAGUCUCUGCUACAAGCUCUGAAUGAGGUGAAGGGGCGCAUUUUGGAUGACGACACAAUCAUAACAACUCUGGAGAACCUCAAGAGGGAGGCUGCCGAGGUCACCAGGAAAGUGGAGGAGACGGACAUCGUCAUGCAGGAGGUGGAGACGGUGUCCCAGCAGUACCUGCCGCUCUCCACCGCCUGCAGCAGCAUCUACUUCACUAUGGAGUCCCUGAAGCAGAUCCACUUCCUGUACCAGUACUCCCUGCAGUUCUUCCUGGACAUCUACCACAACGUCCUGUAUGAGAACCCGAACCUGAAGGGCAUCACCGACCACACCCAGCGCCUCUCCAUCAUAACCAAGGACCUCUUCCAGGUGGCGUUUAACCGGGUGGCAAGAGGCAUGCUGCAUCAGGAUCACAUCACCUUCGCCAUGCUGCUGGCCAGAAUCAAACUGAAGGGCACCAUGGGGGAGCCCACCUAUGAUGCAGAGUUCCAGCACUUCUUGAGAGGGAAAGAGAUGGUUCUGAGCGCAGGGUCCACCCCCAAGAUCCAGGGGCUGACGGUGGAGCAGGCAGAGGCCGUCGUGAGGCUGAGCUGUCUUCCUGCAUUCAGAGACCUGAUCUCCAAGAUUCAGGCAGAUGAGCAAUUUGGCAUCUGGCUGGACAGCAGCUCUCCGGAACAGACAGUGCCCUACCUCUGGAGUGAGGAGACUCCUGCAACUCCCAUUGGGCAGGCUGUCCACCGCCUGCUCCUGAUCCAGGCUUUCCGGCCUGAUCGCCUGCUGGCCAUGGCCCAUGUGUUUGUGUCCACGAACCUGGGGGAGUCCUUCAUGUCCAUCAUGGAGCAGCCGCUCGACCUGACCCACAUUGUGGGCACAGAGGUGAAGCCAAACACGCCUGUUCUGAUGUGCUCUGUGCCUGGGUAUGACGCCAGCGGGCACGUGGAGGACCUCGCAGCCGAGCAGAACACACAGAUCACUUCCAUUGCGAUUGGCUCAGCAGAAGGUUUUAACCAAGCAGAUAAGGCGAUAAACACCGCUGUGAAGUCGGGCAGGUGGGUGAUGCUGAAGAACGUGCACCUGGCCCCAGGGUGGCUGAUGCAGCUGGAGAAAAAACUGCACUCCCUGCAGCCACAUGCCUGCUUCCGCCUUUUCCUCACCAUGGAGAUCAACCCCAAGGUGCCUGUGAAUCUGCUCCGUGCGGGUCGCAUCUUUGUGUUUGAACCACCGCCGGGGGUGAAGGCCAACAUGCUACGGACGUUUAGCAGCAUCCCUGUCUCACGGAUAUGCAAGUCUCCCAACGAGCGUGCCCGCCUGUACUUCCUGCUGGCCUGGUUCCACGCCGUCAUCCAGGAGCGCCUGCGCUACGCACCCCUGGGCUGGUCAAAGAAGUACGAGUUUGGAGAGUCUGACCUGCGGUCAGCCUGCGACACAGUGGACACGUGGCUGGAUGACACGGCCAAGGGCAGGCAGAACAUCUCACCCGAUAAAAUCCCGUGGUCUGCCCUGAAGACCUUAAUGGCGCAGUCCAUCUACGGCGGGCGGGUGGACAACGAGUUCGAUCAGCGUCUGCUCAACACCUUCCUGGAGCGGCUGUUCACCACCAGGAGCUUUGACAGCGAGUUCAAGCUGGCGUGCAAGGUCGAUGGGCACAAGGACAUUCAGAUGCCCGACGGCAUCAGGCGCGAGGAGUUUGUGCAGUGGGUGGAGCUGCUCCCCGACACCCAGACGCCGUCCUGGCUGGGCCUGCCCAACAACGCGGAGAGGGUCCUCCUCACCACCCAGGGCGUGGACAUGAUCAGUAAGAUGCUGAAGAUGCAGAUGCUGGAGGACGAGGACGACCUGGCAUACGCAGAGACCGAGAAGAAAACGAGGACGGACUCCACUUCCGACGGGCGCCCCGCCUGGAUGAGGACACUGCACACCACAGCCUCCAACUGGCUGCACCUCAUCCCCCAGACGCUGAGCCACCUCAAGCGCACCGUGGAGAACAUCAAGGAUCCUUUGUUCAGGUUCUUUGAGAGAGAAGUGAAGAUGGGAGCCAAAUUACUCCAAGACGUGCGCCAGGACCUGGCUGAUGUCGUCCAGGUGUGCGAAGGAAAGAAGAAGCAGACCAACUACCUGCGCACGCUCAUCAACGAGCUCGUGAAAGGGAUUCUGCCCCGGAGCUGGUCCCACUACACAGUACCUGCUGGGAUGACCGUCAUCCAGUGGGUGUCAGACUUCAGCGAGCGGAUCAAACAGCUGCAGAACAUCUCCCUGGCAGCUGCCUCCGGGGGUGCCAAGGAGCUAAAGAACAUCCACGUGUGUCUGGGCGGCCUGUUUGUGCCUGAGGCUUACAUCACCGCCACCAGGCAGUAUGUGGCCCAGGCCAACAGCUGGUCCCUGGAGGAGCUCUGCCUGGAGGUCAACGUCACCACCUCACAGAGUGCCACCCUCGAUGCCUGCAGCUUCGGGGUCACAGGUCUGAAGCUCCAGGGGGCCACGUGCAGCAACAACAAGCUGUCGCUCUCCAACGCCAUCUCCACCGUCUUGCCCCUGACGCAGCUGCGCUGGGUCAAGCAAACCAGCCCCGAGAAAAAGGCCAAUGUGGUGACCUUGCCUGUCUACCUGAACUUCACCCGCGCAGACCUGAUCUUCACUGUGGACUUCGAGAUCGCCACCAAGGAGGACCCUCGGAGCUUCUACGAGCGUGGCGUCGCGGUCCUGUGCACGGAGUGAAGCUAGACUUUGUAGCUGCCCUUUAUGUCUAACACUCAUUGACCCUGAAAGUGCUCGGAAGGUGUGGACUUGUGAAAAGAAAAUGGUGACAGAGACGGAAAGGAAGCUGGCCGGCGGGGGCAGUGGGAACCGGAAUGCUGGCAGCAGGAGCUCUGGAGGCCAUGGCCAGGCUUGUUUUAUGAAAUAAAACACUAAGCAUGACCGG